UGCAGUUGCAGCACUUGCAUGCAGCUAGCGCCUGUUUUUUGACUUUGACAGCUUAAUACUUGAUAUAAUAACAUUUGGCGACUGACACCAUGGCUACCACAAUUUCAGACUCCGAAAUAACCAAAAGUGAUAAAUAUUCAAUACUUUUGCCCACUUACAAUGAGAAGGAGAACUUACCGAUCAUUAUAUGGCUUAUCGUUAAAUACUUGGACAAUUGUGUUUAUGAUUACGAAAUUAUUAUAAUCGACGAUGGGAGUCCAGAUGGAACCCUGGAUGUUGCAAAGCAGCUGCAAAAGCUGUACGGGUCUUCUAAAAUUGUGCUACGGCCGAGAGAAAAAAAACUUGGUUUAGGGACCGCAUACAUUCACGGCAUAAAGCAUGCAACCGGCAACUUUAUUAUCAUAAUGGACGCCGAUUUAAGUCACCACCCAAAAUUCAUUCCCAAAUUCAUAGAACUGCAAAGGAAACAUGACUAUGACUUGGUGUCGGGGACCCGGUACCAAGACGGAGGCGGUGUUCACGGCUGGGACUUCAAGAGGAAGCUGAUAUCCCGUGGUGCCAACUUCGUCACACAAAUGCUUUUGAGGCCAGGGGUAUCGGAUCUCACUGGCUCUUUUAGGUUGUACAAAAAGGAUGUACUUCAGAAAUUGAUCGAUAGCUGUGUGUCCAAAGGCUACGUGUUUCAAAUGGAAAUGAUUAUUAGGGCCCGGCAACUAGAGUACACCAUUGGAGAAGUGCCAAUAACAUUUGUGGACCGAGUCUACGGGGAGUCCAAGUUGGGAGGCUCCGAGAUCGUACAGUUUGCAAAAGCCCUCCUCUACCUGUUUGCGACUACAUGAAGCUUUAAAACAUCUUAGUGUUGUUAAUACAUAUAAGUACAUUCCUAAAUUUUUAAUAAAUUUUAUACAAUCCAAUACAUAAAUAAAAUAAAAUAAAAUAUAAUUAAGAAAA